UCCGGGCCGGAAGUUCUGAAGCUUUCGUUCUGAGCGGGGGGAUAUUUGUGUGCACCAGGGCGGAGCUCAGCUUUGUUCUCAUUGGCUGGGUGCCGGCGGAAGCGGCUGCUUUUUUAGGGUCUGGAGGUUCCGGUGUUGGAGAGCUGUAGCACGAUGGCGACUGAUUCCUGGGCCCUGGCGGUGGACGAGCAGGAGGCGGCCGCGGAGGGGCUAACCAAGCUGCAGCUGAAAGAAGAUAAGGUUGAGGCACCUAAACCUGAGAGUAACGGCACAGAUCCUGUCGACAAUGGAGGAGCUGAGAAGACUGAAAAUGGAGAAGAGAAAUCCGAGGAGGAUGAUAAAGAGGAUAAAGCCGCUCAGUCCUUGCUCAACAAGCUGAUCCGUAAUAACCUGGUCAACACGACCCACCAAGUGGAGGUUCUGCAGCGUGACCCAAACUCUCCCCUGUACUCCGUGAAGUCCUUUGAAGAGCUGAGGCUGAAACCUCAACUUCUAAAAGGAGUUUACUCCAUGGGAUUUAACAGGCCUUCAAAAAUCCAGGAAAAUGCAUUGCCGAUGAUGUUGGCAGAGCCGCCCCAGAAUCUGAUUGCUCAGUCACAGUCUGGUACAGGAAAAACUGCCGCCUUUGUUUUGGCAAUGCUCUCAAGAGUUAACCCUGCCAAUAGAUACCCACAGUGCCUGUGUCUUUCUCCCACCUACGAGCUCGCCCUGCAAACCGGAAAAGUCAUUGAACAGAUGGGCGAGUUCUAUCCUGAGCUGAAAUUGGCUUACGCUGUACGAGGGAACAAAUUGGAUCGUGGGCACAAGGUUGCAGAGCAGAUUGUUAUCGGGACGCCUGGGACCGUGCUGGACUGGUGCUCCAAGCUGAAGUUCAUUGAUCCCAAGAAGAUGAAGGUGUUUGUGCUGGAUGAAGCCGAUGUCAUGAUAGCAACGCAGGGGCACCAGGACCAAAGCAUCCGCAUCCAGAGGAUGUUGCCUCGGGACUGCCAGAUGCUCCUGUUCUCCGCUACGUUUGAGGAUUCUGUGUGGAAAUUUGCUCAGAAAGUCGUUCCUGAACCCAACAUCAUCAAACUGAAGCGAGAAGAGGAGACUCUAGAUACCAUUAAACAGUAUUAUGUGCUCUGCAACAGCCGGGAAGAGAAGUUUCAUGCCCUCUGUAACAUCUAUGGGUCUAUCACCAUAGCACAGGCCAUGAUCUUCUGCCAUACCCGGAAAACUGCCUCUUGGCUUGCAGGAGAGCUGUCUAAAGAAGGCCACCAGGUGGCGUUACUCAGCGGUGAGAUGAUGGUGGAACAGAGAGCAGCUGUAAUCGACCGAUUCAGAGAGGGCAAAGAAAAGGUUCUAGUUACCACCAACGUGUGUGCCAGAGGCAUCGAUGUGGAGCAGGUCUCUGUGGUGAUCAACUUUGACCUCCCUGUGGACAGAGAAGGGAAUCCAGACAACGAGACGUAUCUGCACAGAAUCGGGCGCACGGGGCGUUUUGGCAAGAGAGGACUGGCCAUCAACAUGGUGGAAAGCAAACACAGCAUGAACAUCCUAAGACAAAUUGAGCAGCACUUCAAUAAACCCAUUGAGAAGUUGGAUACAGACGACAUUGACGAGAUUGAGAAAAUCAACAACUGAAUGAACCCGCGGUCACCUUCGCCCGACUCCCAGGAGGAUGUCUCCCAUCAGACGCCGAGGCGGGACCCAAUGUUUUUAGCCUUGUGUUAAGAAAAUUCUUAAACUUAUAUUUUUAUUUUUUUUCCUCCCCGGACCACACAUUAACCCCUCCUCUGCUGUCAGGACUUUUUCUCCCAGUGUUGGGGUUAAUUAAUCAACUGCUUAACCUGCUACCCAUUCACACCAGCAGAUGACUCUUCUCAGUCACUUGGGAAUACGCUACGAUGAGAAUUUUUACCUGGACAGAACGGGCACGAAGUGACUGCCGCCUCCAUUCAUCAUCUGGUGGCGCUGGUCACUUGGUGAAGAGACUUUCAGUUGUUUAUCCAAAUUUUAUUUUUUGUCUUCCUCUUGAUAUUUUAGCUCCCCUUGGAGGACUACAAGCAUGGUAUACGCUAUUUAUUUUAUGUUGGUCCUUUACUAUAGCUAUUCUAUGCUUCAAUAUAGAUUUUGCUCUUAACUACUUUUAGUAGCCGGUGACUCUCUUGUAGAGAGAAGUCCCAGCAUUCCCUGCUGGUUGGGAAAGGCAAACUGGGAUAUGGUAGAUUAUGGGGUGAGGUGGGCACAGCUGUCAGGUAAGCGGACAUCAUUGCAGGCGGUCUCCUGGGAAUCUCUGUCCGUAGAUCUGCUCCUCUGCGUGACCAUGGACAGAAGAUCCAUAAGUCAUCAGCCGGUCCAUCUCUCCAUUUUGCUGGGUACCCACCCCCCUGUGUUAACACACUAGCAUUUUUUUUUUGUUCAUAUAGACAAACAAAGAAAAAAAAAAAAAAAAAAAAAGCUUCAGAACAGAAGCAGGAAAUUUUUACCAAGUAAAAUUUAUAGGCUAAAAAAAAAGAUCUGUACCUAAAGUUUUAGGACAAUGGACGAUUUUAAUUAGAUGAUGAGAAAAUUGUAGAUGAAUCCGCAGGAGCGACAUUUGUGCCGGGGAGGGAUGGAUUCCUGCUGCUCUGCUGUUUCCUUAUGUUUGAAUAAUAAAGAAUGUGAUGAGAUCAA